ACUCCGCCCCCAGCUCCGUCUUAUCUUCUCCUCAUCCUCCCCCAUCACUAUCAUCUACACUCUUUGCCCAUCAUGAAGUCUGUUGCCCUGUUGACAGCCUCUGUGCUGCUGGGCAGUGCCUCUGCUGAGGUCCACAAGCUGAAGCUCAACAAGGUUCCCCUCAGCGAACAGCUGAACACCCACAACAUCGAUGCCCACGUUCACGCCUUGGGCCAGAAGUACAUGGGCAUUCGUCCUGACCGUCACCAGGAUAUGAUGUUCGAGGAAACCUCGAUCAAGCCCCAGGCUGGUCAUGACGUCCUGGUCGACAACUUCCUGAACGCACAGUACUUCUCUGAGAUUACCCUCGGUACUCCUCCCCAGUCCUUCAAGGUUGUCCUUGAUACUGGCAGUUCCAACCUUUGGGUUCCCUCAUCGGAGUGCGGCUCGAUCGCCUGCUAUCUCCACAGCAAGUAUGACUCGUCCGACUCUAGCACCUACAAGAAGAACGGCACCAAAUUCGAUAUUCAAUACGGAUCUGGUAGCCUGAGUGGCUUCGUCUCCCGAGACACGCUCCAGAUCGGCGACUUGAAGAUCAAAGAACAGGACUUCGCCGAGGCUACCAGCGAGCCUGGUCUUGCCUUUGCUUUCGGUCGUUUCGACGGUAUCCUUGGUCUGGGAUAUGACACCAUCUCUGUCAACAAGAUGGUUCCCCCUGUCUACAACAUGAUCAACCAGGGUCUUCUAGACGAGCCUGUCUUUGCCUUUUACCUGGGCAACGCUAACAAUGAGGGUGACCAGUCCGAGGCCACCUUCGGUGGUGUGGACAAGAGCCACUACACUGGUGAGCUGAUCACCAUCCCUCUGCGCCGUAAGGCCUACUGGGAGGUCGAGUUUGAUGCCAUCACUCUUGGCAACAACAAGGCUGAGCUGGAGAACACUGGUGUCAUUCUUGACACCGGCACUUCUCUCAUCGCUCUGCCCUCCACCAUGGCUGAGCUGCUUAAUAAGGAGAUCGGUGCCACCAAGGGCUUCACUGGACAGUACAGCGUCGAUUGUGCUACCGUCGACUCCCUGCCUGACCUCACUUUUACCCUUAGCGGCCACGACUUCACCAUCGGCCCCCACGACUACAUCCUUGAGGUCCAGGGGUCCUGCAUCAGCAGCUUCAUGGGCAUGGAUUUCCCCGAGCCUGUUGGUCCUUUGGCCAUUCUGGGAGAUUCUUUCCUGCGCAAGUGGUACAGCGUCUAUGACCUUGGCAAUGGGUCUGUUGGCCUGGCCAAGGCCAAAUAGGUUCUCAAGCAAAUGGAGGACUCCAGGCGUUAGCCACCGAUGAACCUGAACAGAUUCGAGGGAAUGUCUAGUAUAUACACUCCAACUAGGAUGGUGAGGUAAGGAGCAUAUCUUGAUUGAUUUGUAUCUUUUUUCUGUUGCUUUUCCUUUUCGGCAUCCAACUCUUACUCCUGUUUUUGCUCAUGGAUAAUACGGCAAUAGCUGUCUUGCCUCGCAUGGAUUUACUUUGCAUCUGUCAUUCUUUCACUUGAAUCUAUGGCCCCUGGC